CGACGUUGCCGGCCCGAAGAAGUGACCUCCCCAUCUUCCUGACCGGUGUCCUCGUUCAAAUCUCACAACACAAGUUCAGGCAAAGAUGGACUUCUUCAAGAGCAGCCCGCCACCUGCUAGUGCAAGCAUUUUUGCGCACCCGCUGCUCCAGGCCAUCACACACAACCCGCUCAAUCUCGCCCUAAGCGGUAUCCUCCUCUACCUCCUCCUCCCGCUCUUCAUUCCCACUUCCAUCUCCAGCCUCACUCCUACCGUCACAGAGGCAAGUCGAAUCACCUCAUCGGAAGCCUACAACUACCUCCCAGCUCAGCAUCCUCAGUCUGCACAGUGGAAGAAGUACACACCAAGGUCGCUGGCGAUCUUUGAUGGGAGCAGUAAAGAGGGCGGAGCGACGAUCCUCCUCUCCAUCAACCGGAAGGUUUUUGAUGUGUCGACUGGGGGACGCUUCUACGGGCCAGGCGGACCCUAUGGCAACUUUGCAGGGCGUGAUGCUUCACGUGGCAUGGCGAAGCAGUCCUUCGACUUAGAAAUGCUCACACCUUUGGACAAGCCAAUUGACUCGCUAGCAGACCUUAGUCAUGGUGAAAAGACGAGCAUGAGGGAAUGGGAAGGUCACUUCAGUGCCAAGUAUCCGAUAGUGGGAGAACUAGUCGAAGAA